CGCCAGGCCGCCGUCUCCGUGGCUAUGCACAACAUCACCUCCGUCUCCACCCCGCGAUACUUGUCUUCAACUCCACUUUUCGCGUUUUCUACUUCGUGGCGCUCAAUUGCGCAAUGUCCGCGACCAUGGCCGACGACAAGCGGGUGUUUGGCCUCAUGAACGCAGUGGCCACCAACAUUGACCGGCUUCGGCAGUCCAUCAGCGCACUGCGUCAGCUCCACGACCGUUGGAAGGACGGGAAUGGCACCUUCAUCAAUCUCAUUGCGCAACUCACAGCUCUCAAAUCGAAUCUUGGGGAGAUGCAGGACUGGAUGAAUUUUGCUAUCAACGACAUGCACUCGCAGUUGCUCAUGGACCUCAACGUGUUGAUGACCUCGUGUGGAAUGCUCGUGCGUAAUCUGGACGCGCUGACCGUGCAAUUGCGACUGCCGGAUUAUGACAACGCGGAUUGGGCCAUCAAGUUAAAAUUUGCUAUAGCAGGUAGAUCGAUGAAUCGAUUAAGGAAAGUUGCGAAGCGACAGACGGACGCUGUGAAUCUGCUUCUUGCGGCCUGCAAGUGCCAUACCACUGCACAACGCAAAAUCCUGCUACAUAAAAGUAGGCAGAUUAGGAAAGAGGAUGCUUCAUCGCUCAGUGCCCUGGUGCAAAGAUCCAAAUGGAACAGCAGGUGCAUUGACACGCUGACACGCAUCUCUCGGAUCAUCCAAUGGCUCCGAGUCCUCUUUUACUUACGGCUCUUCAAAGGUGAAGAGGAUCAGAUGCCUACUCAGCAAGACUACCUAGAUGCAGCCGCCGCAAUGCGUUCGGAAGCAAUUGAUCGCCGAUUAGAAGAAGACGCUACCACCCUUCGCCGGGAAACGAAGCUAGUUCUCAUCGGCAUGGCUAAUAGCGGGAAAGAGCUCAUUAUGCGACAAAUGAAAGUCCUUUACGCAGAAGGCUACCCCAGGGACGAGCGAAUAGAGUACCGGUUUGCAGUGCGCUCCACUGUUCGAGUCCUUAUGCAUGCCAUAAUCGAUCUUCUGAAAGACACAGGCGUCAAUCUGUCUGAAGACCUCAACCAGGACUUUGCUGUUCUGCUUCAAGAAGUAGAAACUAUAAAUGUUGGCUCAAUCACCCCAGCAGCCGUCCACGCACUCGAAAACAUAUGGCAGAGCGAUACAUUCUCUACUAUCUAUGUCAAGAACUUUGAAAUCGAUUUCCCGCAAUACGCAUCCUACUUUGCACACGAGAUUGAGAGGAUAUCCGACCGCGACUAUGUACCCUCUGAAGCAGACAUUAUCCGAUUGAACCAAUCUAUAGGUGGUAUUAAAGAACUACGAUUUUCAUGGGACGAAAUUGACGUGCACCUCUUCAAUAUUAACGGCUACAUUCCGGACCAGUUUAGAAGGCGAUGGCUGCACCAACUCGAAGGAGCCACCGCUCUAGUCUACACUGUUGACGUGAGCACCUACGACCGCGCAUUCUUCGGGCAACCCAACGAAAGCGCCCUUCUUGAUGACUUCGCGACCUUCGAAGCUUGGGUCAACUCUCCCAAAUUUGCCGGAUCCUCAAUAAUCCUCCUCCUCAACAACUUCACCCGCUUCAGAGAGAAACUCCAGCACUCACCACUUUCAACUUUCUUCCCGGAGUAUCAGCCAGGAACCGAUCCCGUGACCACAGCUCGACGAUACAUCCUCCGCCGUUUCAAGGAUGUUAAUAGAAGUAAGCUGAGCAUAUACUCUUUCUGGGUCGAUCUCGAUAUGGGCGAUAACCAGCAUCUAUAUGCAGCGCUGAAGAAGACUAUCACACAUAUCCAACAGCGGAAAGCGAGGAGUGAGGUAUGGGAGACAAGUACGGUUGGUAAAACAAGCACGGCUGGUAUUGCGAGCCCGGCGAGGAGUGGGACUGUUACUACCUUAGCAAGCUCCUCGAGGGGAUGAGUUAGCUUUAUUUGUUUCAAAUCUUUCUUUUAUACUGCAUUAUACCACUCUUUUUCUUGGGAAUUGGAUUUCGUUGGACUGUUGGCGUAUGAAUGACGAACGAAUGAGUAUUGCUUGGGUCUAGUGGAUGAGUCCUGCUGCAGCAAAUUUUGUCUGGAUCUAAAGUCUCCCUUUUAGUAAGGGUUGGUUUCGGUACGGUGGGUUGGGCUACUCAAAAGAGUUUUUGGAGUCGAAAUAUAGAGCCUUUUCCUAGAUCUUCAACCUAUCUUCCCUCUAGUACUUCGAGCAAAUCUAUUAGAUCGUCUUCUUAAACCCCCAUGGCCCUUCUGAUGUCUAUCAUCAUAGUCUCUCGUAUCUAGGUAAAUAUAGUACCAC